AAAGCCGCGGCCUCUCGUCACGUGAUCGCGUUUUAAUGUUUACAUUCGAGGCGGGUGAGGGGGGAAUCCUUUCGCCAGACGGGUGCCCGUUUCGGUUUCAUUUCCCGGGAGGAGGUGGAGAGGGGACGGCCGACCGGCGGCGCUCAUGCUGCGGUCCAACCACUGACGAGAGGAGACAGAGGCCUGGAGGGACCGCCUUAUCUGCAGCCAGUGACCAGGGCAUCGCGCCGAGCAACAUGGAGGAGCUGGUGGUGGAGGUGCGGGGCUCCAAUGGAGCCUUCUACAAGGCAUUUGUGAAGGACGUACAUGAGGAUUCCAUCACUGUUACUUUCGAAAAUAACUGGCAGCCAGAGCGACAGAUCCCAUUUCACGAUGUAAGGUUUCCGCCGCCUUCGGGUUCCAGUAAGGACAUAAACGAGAGUGAUGAAGUUGAGUUUUUGAGGGUGAAAGGCGAAGAUGAUUUCAUGGUUUAUUCCAGAGCAAAUGAGAAAGAGCCAUGCUGCUGGUGGCUUGCUAAAGUUAGAAUGAUAAAGGGUGAGUUUUACGUAAUAGAAUAUGCGGCUUGUGAUGCCACCUAUAAUGAGAUUGUCACCAUAGAAAGACUGCGCUCUGUAAACCCCAACAAGCCGGCGACGAAAAACUCCUUCCACAAAGUGAAGCUGGACGUUCCUGAAGAUUUGCGGCAAAUGUGCUCAAAAGAAUCUGCUCACAAAGACUUCAAAAAGGCAGUCGGGGCGUUUUCUGUAACAUAUGAUUCAGAAAAUGGCCAGCUCGUCAUCUUGUCUGUGAAUGAAGUUACCAUAAAAAGGGCAAACAUGUUGAGCGACAUGCAUUUCCGAAGCCUCCGGACAAAAUUGUCUUUGAUGUUGAGGAAUGAAGAAGCCAGCAAGCAACUUGAAAGCUCACGGCAGCUAGCUUCCAGAUUCCACGAGCAAUUUGUUGUACGAGAAGAUCUGAUGGGUUUAGCCAUCGGCACUCACGGUGCAAAUAUACAACAGGCUAGGAAAGUUCCAGGGGUGACCGCUAUUGAUUUAGAUGAAGACACAUGUACAUUUCAUAUUUAUGGUGAGGACCAAGACGCUGUAAAGAAAGCAAGGACAUACCUAGAAUUUGCUGAAGAUGUAAUUCAAGUUCCUCGAAAUUUAGUUGGAAAAGUCAUUGGGAAGAAUGGAAAACUCAUUCAGGAAAUUGUGGAUAAAUCGGGGGUUGUCAGAGUGAGGAUUGAAGCUGAAAAUGAUAAAAACAUUUCCCAAGAGGAGGGAAUGGUUCCUUUUGUGUUUGUGGGCACCAAGGACAGCAUCACCAAUGCAACCGUUCUGCUGGACUACCACCUUAACUAUUUAAAGGAAGUGGACCAACUACGCCUGGAGCGGCUGCAGAUUGAUGAACAGCUCCGACAAAUCGGAGCCAGCUCGAGACCUCCACCAAAUCGUCCCGAAAAAGAGAAGGGCUAUUUAAGUGAAGACUGCAGUGGCAUAGGACGAGGAAGUCGACCAUAUAACAACAGGGGGCGCAGCAGGAGGGGAACUGGUUAUGCAUCGGGUACAAAUUCUGAGGCAUCAAAUGCUUCAGAGACUGAGUCUGACCACCGGGAUGAGCUCAGUGAUUGGUCCUUGGCCCCUGCUGAGGAAGAGCGCGAUAAUUACAUUCGGAGGGUUGAUGGAAGAAGGCGUGGCGGAACUCGAGGUCAAGGACUUAGGGGACGUGGGGGGUUCAAAGCAAAUGAUGACCAGUCUCGAACAGACAACCGACAGCGCAAUUCUCGAGAGCCUAAAACGAGGACAGCAGAUGGCUCUCUCCAGAUCCGAAUUGACUGCAAUAAUGAGAGAAGUGUACAUACUAAAAGCUUGCAGAACACACCCAUUGAGGGCAAUCGACUUCGCACUGGCAAAGACCGCAUUCAGAAGAAAGAAAAAUCCGAGGCGGUGGAUGGGCAGCAGAUGAUGGUUAACGGCGUACCGUAACUUUACAUGUCUCCUGUCAACCCUUCACACUCUAAGCAAAAUCUAAGAUUCAUCAUAUUUCACGUUAUAGAAGCCUGUUAGGCCGAAGACAAAUAGGCAAGAAGACACGGGGCAUGAAACAGAGCGUUCCUGUUAGCCUUAUUUUGUUAGUAUUGGCUAUAAACGUUUUCAAAGGUCAGACAUUGGAAACCUAUUUGCAUUAAAUAUCAAACCUUCUGAGGCUUUCAAGUACAUAUUGCACUUGACUUAAAAAAAAAAUAAGAAAAAAAAAAGGAAAAAAAGAAAAAAAAUAUUUUUUGUUUAAAAGAGAAAAUAAAUGAAAACCUACUAAGCUGUGUGUUGGUAUAAUUGUGUUCAGUUGCACUAUUUUCAGGCAGCUGAUUAGAACGGUAGACAACAGCAUCUAUUCAGCCGGGCUCAUGUCUCCACUCAUGCAGUAUGUCUUACAUCAUUCCUACAACGCCCAAUCAUUGGACAUUAUCUUAGUGGGCCCUAAUAAUUGUGCAACGUAAUGUCAUUUCUCAUUUGGUUUAAAAAAAAAAAAAAAAGUGAGAAAAAAAAGUCGUAUGAUCUGUGCCUUUUUUAUAUCUGGACAUGUAUGGCUAGUGUUUGAAUGCAGGAAUCAGGGGAGAAAAAUGUAAGUGUAAAAUAUAUGUAGCAAAUAUGUAAACCCAAUAGAACUCUUUUUAAGGCGAGUGCAUGCUUUCCAUACACACGUACACACAAACCUCGGCUGCAAACAGUAGAAAUUUGGUUUUGCACUAGCAGAUAAUAAUCCUGCCAGGGACCAUGUUUCUUCAUAGACUGAAUAGAUGGGGCCAUUUUAUUA